AUGGCAGCGGCCUCGCUGCACCGGAGGUGGCGCACGGCGUCCCGCUCUGCGCGACGCGGCGAAGUCGUACUAGCACGGACGGGCAGCGCCACAGGAGCUGCGGGCCAGCACGAGGCCACGAGGGUGCGCACGCGCUCGCACGACACCGGGCCACAGACGACGACGGACAGCACGGCCACGGUGGCCACGCGGUGGUGCGGCUUGCCGGAGCAAGGGAGCGGACGCCAGGGUCCGCACGCGGGGAAGGGCCGGGACAGCGGCGACCACGGCCAGGGCUGCGCCGGCGGGAGAGCAUGGCGGGGCUCCGGCCACGGCAGACCCAGCGAGGAAGGCGCGCAGAGGCGAGUGGAAACGACGGCAGGUGGAAACGGAAAGUGCUCGGGAGGCAGCCAUGCGAGGCCGCAGCAGAGUGCUCGCGAGGAGGGGAAGGGCAUGACUGAGAGCUUGGGAGUGGCUGCAGGACAGGAGGAGUGGCAGCCUGGUGGAGAAAAAGGAACGGCAGCCGCACCUCCUCCACUGACUCUGUCACUGCGACGAAGAGGACGGAAGCAUGAAAGAGACUGA